AAACGGAAAUACUUGAUAAUCCAUCGGUCUAGCAAACAACUCACAGCGCUGGGAAGCCUCCCGGCGGGCUCCGGGGAGAGGCUGUCGACGGCAGGGUCUGCGGCUCCGUAAUGAGAGGUCCUCAGAUCCCAGAGCAUGCCACAAGAGGAGAAGCCAAGAGAGUGUUGAAGACUUGCCGCCAGCAAACAUAGGAAUGAACAGGACAAGAGCAUAAAAACCCACCCAGAGUCACCCAGCUAAUAUACCUUGGACCUGCUACUAGAAGGCAAAAAACUAGCCAGAGAAGAGUGAAUAAAAUGCAAAAUGCAUAGUUAAUCCCCUCUUUUGGGGUUAUCUUGGUGCAACAUCCCAAAGGAGGCUAGAGGCCGGGAACGUGACUCAUAGCGACUCAUAGCUCUUGGCAUCCCACCCGAGCCUUCCACAGACGCAGAGCAGGAAGAAGCUGAGCAGGCAUCAUGGUUCUCCUCUUGGCCUCCGAGGUCCAGCAGCUGCUGCACAACAAGUUUGUGGUUGUCCUUGGGGAUUCUGUGCAGAGGUCCGUGUACAAGGACUUAGUGCUCCUGCUGCAGAAGGACCGCCUGCUCACAAACAAGCAGCUCAAGACAAAGGGAGAGUUGAGCUUCGAGAAGGACCAGCUGGUGGCGGGAGGACAGCUAGGUAUCAUGCACAAUGGCACCAAGUACCGCGAGGAGCGCCAGUUCUGCUCCGGCAGCCACCUGGUGCAUUUCUACUUCCUUACCCGCGUGUACUCCAAGUACGUGGAGCGCAUCCUGCACAACCUGUGGUCUGGCGAGCAUACCCCCGACGUGAUCAUCAUGAACUCCUGCCUCUGGGACCUCUCCAGGUAUGGGCGGAACUCCUGGAAGAGCUACCUGAAGAACCUGGAGAACCUGUUUAAGCGCCUGGGCCAGGUGCUGCCUGAGUCCUGCUUGCUGGUAUGGAACACAGCCAUGCCUAUCGGCGACAAGAUCACCGCUCGCUUCCUCCCUCCCAAGGGUCAGUACCGGCCCUCCAUGGCCACCCUGAAGACCAACCUGAUCCAAGCCAACUUCUACAGCUGUGCUGAGGCCAGGAAACACCUUUUCGAUGUGUUGGACUUGCACUUCCACUUCCGCCACGCCAGGAAGCACCUGCAGAAAGAUGGGGUGCACUGGAAUGAGUAUGCACACCGCCAACUCUCACAGUUGCUGCUGGCCCACGUGGCCGAUGCCUGGGGUGUGGACCUGCCCUCCCGCGAUGAUGGCCCUGAUGAAGGCCCUGCUGCAUGGGAGAAGCCUGGCCAGGUAGAGAAUUGGGGGCCCCCAAACCGCAGAGAUCACCAAGCCUUUCCCCAAGCCCCACCCUGGUCUUUUCCCAGGCCCCGCCCCCUGCUGCCAACCCCACUCCUGCCCUCAAGGCCCCCACCCCCACUGCCUCCUCCCAUUCCCCUGUGUCAGGUGAGGCCCCUUUUACCCCCCUGCCCGCAGGAUGCCUAUUUUUCCUCAGACCAUAUUUUCCAGUCAGACGAGUUUUACUUCCAUUCAGAUGAGCCUUCACCCAUCCACCCAGGCUUUGCCUUUGAAGGUGACUUUAGGUUUGGUCCCCAGCCACCUAUGCCCAGCUUCGGCUCACCCUGUUACCAGCGGUCAGCGCCUAUGGUGCAUAGAGGCUUCCCAAGGUAUCUUGCUCAUGGUCCCUAUAAGCCCUGGAGAGGGAGGUCCAGGGGACCAAGGAGAUGUCCCCAACCCACCCAGUGUUAAGUUCCUAGUUUUAUCACUAUUUCCUAGACAUAGCCUACAGUGUAGGCACACACUGACCUUACUAAUAACUUAACCCUUGGUUGUAGUCCAUGCUUGGACUUCUUGCUGCUGUUAGAAACAAAGGCUGGAAGGGCAGUCUUGACCCAGUGUAGCCUGUCCUCUCCUCUCUGGGAGUGGUCAAGCAAGCACUAUUUCUACCUCCCCUCCCUGUUCUCGUUGCCUUGUUUGUAAAAAAUAAAGUUGAAACACAAGAAGUUAA